UCCAACUCCGCUCCAUUUUCUCUUUUUGCGCAUUUGCAUUAGAACUCCUCAUUUUUUGGUUGCUAGGCUAACUAAAAUUUUGGUUCAGUGGGUUGAAAUCGGUGCUUUUCAAGUGGGAUAGAGAAAAGAACACUAUGUUUGGAACGGCGAUUAGGUGUAUGGCGAAGAAACCCAAGCCGAAGAUGAAACCGAUAGAGCUGAAGACCCCGCCGGAGCAAACGCAGACCAUAACCAGGGUCAUCUUCGACGUCGUCAAAGAGCACGGUCCUCUCACCAUUGCAGAAACCUGGGAUCGUGUUAAGGAAGUUGGUUUGAGAGGAUUGACGAGCAAGAGGCACAUGAAAAUAGUGUUGAGGUGGAUGAGAGAGAGGCAGAAGCUUAGGCAAAUAUGCAACCACGUUGGGCCUCACAAGCAAUUUCUCUAUACAACUUGGUUCACUAAACCCAAUAUCAAGCAGGCAAAACCAAAUUAUUUUCCAGGUCAUGGACAAGUGUCUGCAGGGAGAGGGAAGGGGAGAUGAUGCCUUUGAACACCACAUAUACCUUGUGGCAUGGUGUAAUGCUUGUGAACCCAACUAAAUUGGAGGAUGUUGAUUUAAACGGAUGCCCAAAUUGUCCAUUAAGGACCAUUUUCAGAUACUUCAAAACUAGGUGGAUGUAUAUUUUUCAAGAUAUUCAUGUGGUUGAUUGUGGAUUUGCUUA